AUGGGCGACAUGCUGAGCUGUGGUAUGUUUUGCGUCAAGGCCAACAGCAAGUCACAUAUAUGCAUGCAAAGGCUGGGUGCAACGCCUGCCUUCAGCCUGCCUUUUGCGAGGAAGCUGACCCUGGUCCGGCGCGCGUCGCCUUUGCCGCGCCGGCCCAUGCCGUACUGUCACAUGGCCGUGUCGGAGGUGCUCCCGCCCGGCUUCGCGUCGCCGCCGCCGCCGCCCGCCGUGUCUUCGUCGCGCGACGACCGCCCCCCCGCCCCCGCGCCGCCCGCCGACAGACCCGUGAAGUCCAAUUUGUACUGCACCGUACGAACACGUUUA